CCGCCCUGGGAAGCUAACCUAUCACUCAACACUUUAUCAGCUGGGCUCAUCUCAGGUGCCUAAUGCUACACCCCAACCAUUAUCCUGCCUAAUAUGGUUACAGUGUGUUUUCCAGCUGUCCUUUGGAUGCUUUUGUUCUACCCCAUGUUUUGGUCUCUGGUUUCUCCAGAUCCUGGGCUUCUGUCCCAAGGAAGGGCCCGCCUGCAACAGGCCCAAGAGUUGGCUCGACACCCCCACUAUGGUACUUGUUGGAUGGGGGCCUUGGGGCAGCUGGAUGUUGGGUGCAGGGAGCUUGACGAGGAGCAGCAGAGUCGUAUUGCGCUUGCAUUUGCCCAUUGCCAUCUACAGCGGUCUGGCAGGAGCUUUCCCCCCUGUGAGCCUACCAGCUGCAUCCGCGACUGCACACAGCACAUGGAUGCGGUAGCGUUUGGGGUCUACACAGAGUUCUUCACGCACGCUCAUAGUAUCUGUUAUUUUCUGCACAAUGAGGCCUGGCAGCAGCGAGCCGAAAAUACAAUACACAGGCUGACGUCCACUUCAGAGACGGUGGCCCACCAGCUGGAAUUCACGAACCAGCUGGCUGUGGAGACUGCCCGGGCCCAGAAUGCCACCUUGCGCUCUCAAGAGCAGAUUCUGCGGGACGGAGAGCUGCUACGGCGGACGCUGCAUGACUCCUCUCAAGGCGUCCGCCAGGCCUUCCAAGAGUUGCAGGAUUCCGCAGUUGAGCAGCGAGUGGCCUUUGCCGAAAUCUUCAACCGGGUGGCGUUCCUACACCGCUUCGUGGUGGGGGAGUCCAAUGCUCUCUACUCUGUCUUCUUCCACCUCUUGGGUGGGGCUGCCAGCCUGGUACUGACUUCUAGCCAACGAACUGCAGGAGCACGGUUCAUUUUGCUGAUCUUGGUGGGAGCUAGUGUUUACCUGGAACGUGUCAUCUGCAGCCUUCUCAUGGAUAACUCGGAGGGUGGCUACGACCUAACGGAGAGCAUCUCCUUCUGGGUGGGCCUGUCACGUCAAAGUUUUGCUGGUCUGGGCUUGGCUACAGUGAUAUAUUUUAUCUGGACCUACAAGGACCCAGCCCAACAGAGCCAGAAGGUGCUACAAAGUCUACAGGAGACACAGGUGGAGAUUCAGCAACUGUUGCAAAAAACAGAGUAUCUGCUGGCUAAACCAGAUCUCCUGCUUCAAGACCCUGAGCUCAGCGUAGACAAUGAGGUAUUUUUUGACUCAGGGUUCCCAGAGUCGCUGUCCUACUUGAGAGAACGGGAAGCAAAGGAACACUGGGCUGGCAAGCAGAAAACAGAAGAGGUAAGGACUAGCAGCCCCAAGCAGACAGGACGCGUCCCUUCCCGCGUGAGUUGCUCCCCAUCCCGCCGACGCAGUCAAACCAGGCGUGCUGCUGCCCAGCAGUUGACAAUCCCUGUACCUCUGGAGGGGCCUCUGCAGUACAACCUUAGGAGUCGGCGGUCUCUGGGAUCUCUUUGCCCUCCAAUCAAUCAUUAAAGCUCUACUUGCUCAGCCUCAGAUGCAAGUGAAGACGUCAGAGAUGUCAUCUCAACGUGCACCUGUGCAGCUAAAGGGGAAAUCUGUUUUGGCAGCAUUUCCAGCUCAGUAACUUGGGCGUCUGGCUCACAGGCAGAGCAGAAAUAAUUCUUAAGUUCCUAUAAGGGAGCAAGUGGGGAAUUAGGACUCAAGGGUUCAGAAAAGGAUGUUCUUUUGGCUGGUGUGAGUGUUUCUCUGGAAUGUUAUCUGGAACUGUGACGAAUGCAUUAAGAGGUGAGGUGCAUUUCCCUGGUCUUUAUGCAAUCCCAAGAGUGCUAAUCUCCAUAAGAUACUAAGCUACCUGAAACAGGCAGUGGCUGACAUGAGGAAAUUACUCAAAAGUCUUUGCAUUGGAAUUAAAGGACAAAUUAGGCUAUGCCUAACUUCUUCCAUUUAAUCAAUGGGACUGCUUUGAGUGAUUUUCCGAUUUUCCUCAUGUCAGCCACAGUGUUCCCUCUAACAGGGAUUCCCAGAUGUUGCUGACUACAAUUCCCAGAAUCCCCAGCUGCAAUGGCUUUUGCUUGGGGACUAUGGGAGUUGUAGCCAACAUCAUCUGGGAAUCCCUGUUAGAGGGAACACUGGUCAGCCUGACUUCUGACUUCAGAACACUGGUCAGUUUGACUUCAGCAUUAUGCUCUAGAGCAGUGGUGACUGGUAGAGGUAGAUGUUGUGGGGGGGCAGUAAACGAGUCUCAGCUGAGGCUCAUUCUCAGUCCUCUCACCCCAUUUUGAUUGCCUCAUUCUCCCUGCUGUACCCAGGCGUGGCUGGUGGUUCACCAGGUUGGAAAACAGGGCAAAUGACCAGCUGGUAAGCAAGGAGUUAAUGCUAUGGCUGAUGGCUAGCAAGGCAGCUGGGGUGGGUCUGUCUGUACUGGCCACCGCCACUGCUCUGUGGUCUAGAUGUAUCCCUUUUCUCAUAUGUUUGUUUCCCCAGCUAAACCGGAUUUCUCUCUCCCCCCUUUUUUUAAAAUGGCUGGCUGCAAGGUUAUUCAAGGGAAAGUAGUAGCAGCAAGUAUUCUCCCCUACCAUUUCCAAUCUAAUGUGGAAGCCAUUUCCUCCAAAUCCUCCACAUCAUACUUCCUGCUCUAGUGUGGAGCUUUAACUGGUAGCAUUGGUGUAUCCCCCUGAGCUGCUAUUUCAGUUAGGGACCUCCAGACUUUUACCUGCGUUAUCUACCCAUUGGAGUCAGCACAGCUCUUCUAUCUCAAUUCAAGGAGACUGUUAAAUGGAAAGGCGGCUUGUGUAUGAUUGCAAUGAAGCUUUGUGUAUCUUGAGUAAACCAGCUGCAGCAUUUAGGAUCCACAUCCGAGACGAGAGUACCUCAAUGACGCUUUUAUUAACAUGUUCUGUCUAGUUUUAAUUUGCUAAUAAAGUUUCUUAUAGAAACA